CAGACCUACACGGCAUAUACAGAAGACCGCACUGUAUGCUUUCGACUCACUCUCGCGAUAGUUUGAUGUCAUAAACCUUUCGGUCUGCGCUACACUUAGCACAUACUUUCAGUUUCCCUACAAGUAGCAUUUUAGAAAUAGUAUGUAAAAUAACCAUUAUUUAUAUCGGGGCACCAUGAUCAUCGGUUGCUGCUUCAUCUGUGCCUUUUUUGUGCUGAUAAACAAAGUGUGUCUGCAGGUCCCAGUAGAGGGUUUUAUUGGUGGUUCUGUUGUUCUGCCGUGUUCUUCAGCUGAACAUGAUCUUAAACUUCAAGAUAUUAAUGUGCUUUGGAGGGACAAAGGCAGUGAGACCGUUUAUGAUAUAAUUAAAGGUAAAGAUUCAGUAGAGCGACAGGACCCACGAUACAAGAACAGAGCUGAAACUUUCCCUGAGGAGUAUGAGAGAGGAAACUUCUCCCUCAAACUCAUCAAUCUUAAUCACACUGAUGCAGGAGAGUUCAACUGCUUCAUCACACACUCAUCUGAUUCUAAACAGGAGACUGUAUGGCUGUUCAUUAAUGAUUCAACAGCAGAAAAAGGAAACAAAUCUACUAAACAAGAAAACCAAGAACCAGGAACACAAUCAGACUGGAUAACGAUAGUAUUGAUCUGUGUUUGUACUAUAUUCAUUCUAUUAUUUGCCGUGUUUAUUGCCUGUUUCAUAAUUCGCAGGAUAAGAACUCAAGCUCCAUAUAUAGGAGGAACAGUGGCAAACUAAAGGGUCUGUUGCACACUGCAAGUGUCAGCAGCAUCUGAGCAGCCUGUAUUUUCCAGCACCCAUGCUAACAAAUGGAGUGUUCACAUCAGAAGCAGGAGUGGCACGUCAUGUACAAUCACAUUUUCUGUUGCAGAUUAUCUCUCUUGAUAUACUCUUGCUGAAAACAAUGUGCACUGUUUGUUCUUAUUGUAUAACAGAAUGAGAUCUUGAAACAGGAAAAUUUUUGCUGUCAAAUCCUGUCAGUAUGUUGCUGCCUUAACAGUUCUGUAUCGCAAGUGUUUGAACGAAUAAAUGUGUUUUGUAUUAUGUAUUUCUUGUAAGUUAACAUUAGAACUAC